UGUUGUCGGACGUGUUUUUGUCCUCGGUCGUUUUUCGUCUUGGAAAAAAGGUUUGCUUAUGCUUUCAAAAACGGCCCACUCGGAGAGCACAAGGACGUUUGCUGUUGUCAGUUGAACUGCUCCAUGAUGGCUUGCUUUCUUGGAAUCGAACGAUGCACAGCUCAUGAGCAGAACGUGUUUUGGUUUACCGUAGCUUAGCUUGCCGGGCUGUUGUGAAUGUUUGCGCAGUGCUUAUGAGUGGUGUGCAGGUCAUCACCUUUUCAUUUCAAAGUGGGUGAAAUUUAAGAAUUGUGGGCGACGGUUCAGCCGAGUACAAUUCACAUGUUCAAUUACUGAAGUGCAAAUAAACCACUGUGUUACAGCGGAUUCACCAAAGAUUGAUCCUCGCGGGAGAUAGCGCGGUUUGUCAACGUUCAAGCCAUCUUUGGUCAAUGGUUGGUGCAACAGGAAAUGCCUGAAGGAAUAUCAACAACAUCAUCCCAAAAAUGCUUAGACCAGCAAGCAUCCAUAAAGACUGCUACCUCCAUCCAGACAUCAUAUGGCCAGCCAUUCAGUUCCACACACCCGCAUCUCAUGAAAGAGGGGGAGGUGACACCCGGCCUCUCGUCUGACGAGUACUGCAGCCGGCGUCACCGGCUGAUGGAGCUGCUGACCCAGCAGAUGGCUGCCGCCCAGCCACGCCACCAUGUGGUGAUCGUGCCGGCAGCGCGGAUGGCCUACCUCUCUGAGGACAUCCCGCACCCAUUUCGUCAGAACACCGACCUGCUCUACCUGAGUGGCUGCCAGGAGCCAGACACGGUGCUGGUGCUGCACUCUGUGCCCGGCCGGCCGGCGCCGGCGCACACCAGCGCGCUCUUCGUGCAGCGCAACACGGCGCACCGUCAGCUGUGGGAGGGCGGCUGCACGGGCCCGGCCGCUGCGCCGCAGCUGCUGGGCCCGACUUCGCUGGCGCGCGCGCCGCCGUCUGGUACGACUUCCAGGCAGACCUGCAGGCGCCGCUCAAUGCCACCGUGCGUGACUUCGUCGGCGCGCUGA